AUGGCUGGAGUGCAUGAAAUUCCUAAGGACUCCUUGAAGGCCCUUCUGUUGGAGUUAGAAUGUCACUUUACAUGGAAUUUACUUAAAGAAGACAUUGACCUGUUUGAUGUAGAAGAUACAAUUGGGCAACAGCUUGAAUUUCUUACCACAAAGUCCAGACUCACUCUUUAUAACCUGUUGGCCUAUGUGAAACACCUAAAAGGCCAAAAUCAAGAUGCCCUAGAAUGCUUGGAACAAGCAGAAGAAAUAAUACGGCGAGAACACUCAGACAAAGAGGAAAUACGAAGUCUGGUCACUUGGGGAAACUAUGCCUGGGUAUAUUAUCACAUGGACCAGCUCAAAGAAGCUCAGAAAUAUAUAGACAAGAUAGGGAAUGUUUGCAAGAAAUUGUCCAGUCCUUCUAACUACAAGUUGGAGCGUCCUGAGAUUGACUGUGAAAAAGGGUGGGCACUCUUAAAAUUUGGAGGAAAGUAUUACCAAAAGGCUAAAGCAGCUUUUGAGAAGGCUUUGGAAGUGGAACCUGACAAUCCAGAAUUCAACAUUGGCUAUGCCAUCACGGUGUAUCGGCUGGAUGAUUCUGACAGAGAAGGGUCUGUAAAAAGCUUUUCUCUGGGCCCUCUGAGGAAGGCUGUUACCCUGAACCCAGAUAACUCCUACAUUAAGGUUUUUCUGGCACUAAAGCUUCAAGAUGUACAUGCAGAAGCCGAAGGGGAAAGGUAUAUUGAAGAAAUUCUGGACCAAAUAUCAUCCCAACCUUAUGUCCUUCGUUAUGCAGCCAAAUUCUACAGAAGAAAAAACUCCUGGGACAAAGCUCUUGAACUUUUGAAAAAGGCCUUGGAGGUGACACCAACCUCUUCUUUCCUGCAUCACCAGAUGGGACUUUGCUAUAGGGCACAAAUGAUCCAAAUCAAGAAGGCCACACGCAACAGGCCUAAAGGAAAGGAUAAACUAAAAGUUGAUGAGCUAAUUAUAUCUGCUAUAUUUCAUUUCAAAGCGGCUGUGGAAAGAGACUCUAUGUUUGCAUUUGCCUACACAGAUCUGGCCAACAUGUAUGCUGAGGGAGGCCAAUAUAGCAAUGCUGAAGAUGUUUUCCAGAAAGCCCUUCGUCUGGAGAACAUAACUGAUGAUCACAAACAUCAGAUCCACUAUCACUAUGGCCGCUUUCAGGAAUUUCACUGUAAAUCAGAAAGUACUGCUAUCCACCAUUAUUUAGAAGCCUUAAAAGUCAAAGAUAGGUCUUCCUUACGUACCAAAUUGACAAGUGCUCUGAAGAAAUUAGCUAUCAAGAGACUUAGUCACAAUGCUUCAGAUGUGCAGAGUUUAAGUGCCCUAGGGUUUGUUUAUAAGCUGGAAGGAGAAAAGAGGCAAGCUGCUGAGUACUAUGAGAGGGCCCAAAAAGUAGAUCCAGAAAAUGCAGAAUUCCUUACUGCUCUCUGUGAGCUUCGACUUUCUAUUUAAAUACAUACUCUAGGAAAUCAUUUCUAAGCUUUUCUCUCCAUUUGGGGUUAUAUUUUUUGUUUAUUUUAAUCCACUGUUCAUUAUAGAGCCAGUUCUUUUGAAUGAUUAUUAUGUACUAAGCCUCAUGCUAAAUACUAUUUUUUAUAUACAUAAUGAUGAAUCUUUUGCUGUUUUCUUUUAAAUUAAUAUAAUCCUUUGAGAAACAUUUCAGCAAUUAUAACUCUUAAAAAUGGUUUGGCCAUUAUGACUUUAUACCCUUUAUCUUUGCUAUUUAUAAUAAUUUUUUAUUAAAGUUUUUCAAAGUUUCUAUAUUCCCCACACAGUGAUUUAUAAUAUAAUUCUGCAUAAAUCCUUGACACCUAGGUCAGGAAAAUUAUUUCAGGAGUGCAGAAUUACAUUAGUUAAGCUCUUAACUAUGUAGCUUCCAGAAGAUGGACAGAUCCUUCAGUUACAGAUGUUCUCAGUUUGAUAAGAAUAUUUAACUAUCAACCUGAUGUCACCUAAAGGAUCCUCUUUGGUGAAAGGAAAGUGUUCAUAAUAAUAAAAAGCUUGUUAUCUAUGGCGGCUUUAAUAAAAGAAAAAUCUAGAACAAGAAAAGAUUUCUUUAAAUAAAGUACUUAAGGGACCCAUGAGAAAUCCCAAGUAUUAUCUCCCAAAAUAUGUUAAGUAGCUAAAAAUAGCCAUGAGAAAAAAAUGAAUAAUGGAACAAUGUCUCAAGUUUCUUUGCUUUCUUUAGAAGAAUGAACUUAAUCUAGAUGAAAUUAAUUUUAUUCCUUGACAUUAAAAUUACAGUAUUCUUAGGUUAAAAUCCUUGAGCUAGAAAGCAGACCAAUUGGGAAAUCGAGAGAAAUGAUAGGCAAAUUGGCAGAAUAGAUGUCCCUAACAUACAUCCCUAGAUUACCAAGAUUUCAAUGAUUUGGGUUUGGGUCUGGACUGGCUUAUUCUCAUACCCUCAAUUUCUAGUCUUUGGUUAACUAUUUUAGUAUUCCAAAGUUACUUCUGUCAAGCUUUUUCUUUUGUCUAAAGUUUUCAGAUUGACAUGUUUUCCUAUAGAUUCUUUCAGUUUUAAUAUCCAUCUGGAAGGGUCACUGCUUAAGGGCACUUACCCCAGAGGUUGUUUUUAAUUGGGAUAUUGCUAAAAGUAGCUUCUGUAAUGUUAAUUUUUUUGAUUAUGGACUACACAGUUUUAUUUACCACCACAGUAUUAGUGGAAAAGUGUGCCACAUGAUUUAAUUCUCCAUACCUCUAAUGUAGCUCUUAAAACUACUGUAUAUAUAUGUUUGUGUGCUUUUUACUUUUUGUUACUUAAAAAAUUUUUUUCUAUUAUGGUUUUGAUUAUUUUAAAAGUAAUGAAUUCUGAUUGCAAAAUUUCAAACUUAACAGAAGCAUAUGAAUUUAAGAGCACUCCCCUCACCUUUCCCUAAUUCUGUGCCCCCAUGGUAAUCUGUUAACAAUUUAAUAUGUAUCCUUCCAGAUAUUUUUUUAUAUAUAUUCAAACAUAAUAUCCAUACUACAAUGUAUUUCAUAAAAUAAAAUUUUAAAAAUGUUUGUUUUACUUAA